AUGUGGCGGGAUCGUACCAACCUCUACAUAUCCUACCGCCAAUCCUUCGCUCACCACCCCUCAAAAAAACCACGAUUCACAGCCCCAAAUGGCUUCGACUCACCAACCCAACCAGAAGAAAGCCGCCGCCUAAUCUCGGACGGCUUCGAGGAAGAUGGGGACAUGGUCAUCGAAAUGGACCUACUCCCUCCACGCUGGGUAGAUGUUCAAGAAGAAGUCUCCGAACAUCUGAGCGAGAUCGCGCAAAAAUCAGCUCAGCUAGAUAAGCUACACCAGAAACACCUGUUACCUGGAUUCGGUGACGAGGAUCUUCGAAGACAGGAUGAGGGGGUGAUUGAGCGGUUGACGCAGGAGAUUACGCGCAGCUUUCAUGAUUGUCAGCGGGCGAUUAAGAGGAUCGAGUUGAUGGUGCUAGAAUCGAAGGAGCAAGGCGGCGUGACGAGUGGGGAGGAGACUAUGGCGAAGAAUAUUCAGAUUUCGUUAGCGGCGAGGGUGCAAGAAGCCAGCGCAAGGUUUCGAAAGAAGCAAAGCACAUAUUUGAGAAAAUUACGGGAUAUAGAGGGGUUUGCGACGCCAUUCGACCGGGCGCCUACACCUGUUCCGAAUCCCUAUACCGACCCCUCUUUGAUGGAGUCCGAUGCGGAUAAGUCAUUCUCGCAGACUAUGUUGAUGCAGACCCAGCAACGGGCCACGGGCCAGAACGAUGCUGCUAUUGCGCAGCGGGAACGCGAGAUCAAUGAUAUUGCAAAGGGAAUUAUUGAGCUUUCGGAUAUCUUCCGCGAAUUACAGACUAUGGUGAUUGAUCAAGGAACCAUGCUCGAUCGUAUUGAUUACAAUGUUGAGAGGAUGGGGACCGAGGUUAAGGCCGCGGAGAAGGAACUCAAGGUGGCUACAAAUUACCAACGCCGAAGCACCAAACGCAUGAUCAUGCUCCUCUUGGCCCUCGUGGUUAUAGGAUUGAUCAUUAUUUUGGUCGUGAAGCCGAAGAACCAUGGCUCGUCAUCCCCAGCCCCAACUCCACUUGCCGAUGAAUCCUCGAAUAAUAUCCGAUCCGUGAUAGCAGUCAAGCGACCAAGAAGACCUCUCUCAAGUCGAUUUGGUCGCGAUCGUUGGACGGAUCCUGACAUAUUACGAUAA